AUGGCUACAGAAGUCAAGCGAGUGCCUAUCCCUCGUCGAGGUGUCGACUAUCGCGGCAAGGUUGUCCUUGCACCCAUGGUCCGCUCGGGAGAGCUUCCUUCGAGACUUUUGGCUCUCCAAUAUGGCGCAGAUCUUGUCUGGGGACCGGAGACUGUUGAUCAUUCCAUGAUUGGAACAACUCGACGCUUCGAUGAAGAGUCUAAGACAGUAGAGUGGUUCCGUAUUUCUUCCCAUGGACAGAAAGAUCCACCUCCUGAUGCCAAAGAGAGCAUCAUUUAUAGAUUACAUCCCGAGCUUGAAAAGGACAAGCUCAUCUUCCAGAUUGGCACCUCAGAUCCCGAUCGUGCGGUGGAAGCCGCUAGGUUGGUAGCCGCAGAUGUCGCUGGCAUCGAUGUCAAUGCUGGCUGCCCGAAACCAUUUAGCACUAGCGGAGGCAUGGGUGCUGCUCUUCUCAAGACUCCCGACAAGCUUUGCGCCAUUCUUGAGGCUCUUGUGAAGAACAUCACCCCUGAGUUUGAAAUCGGAAUCAGCGUCAAGAUCAGACUUCUCGACACUGCUGCCGAAACCGAAGCUCUCGUCCGUCAGCUUUGCAGUACAGGCAUCACAGGAUUAACCAUACAUUGCCGCACAACCCCUAUGAGGCCCAGAGAACGGGCUAUCCGUGGACAGCUACGUAUGAUCGCAGAAGUCUGUCAUGAGUAUGGUGUUGCCUGCCUCGUAAAUGGAGAUGUUGAGGGUCGGGACCAUGGUUUGCAGCUCGCCGAAGAGUUCGGAGCGGACGGUGCCAUGAUUGCAGUUGCUGCCGAGAAAAACCCCAGCUGUUUCAGGAGUAAGGCCGAUGGCGGUAUGGCGCCCUGGGAAGAAGUUGUCGACCAAUAUGUCAAGACUGCCAUUGAUGUCGACAAUCGCUUCGGCAACACGAAGUUCCUUCUUGCCAAUAUGAUUCCCGGAAAAUCCAAGUCUCAUCAGCCUGUCAAUCAGUCCAAGAAUUACAAGAGUAUUUGCGAGGCGCUGUCGCUUGACAAGUAUCUUGAGGCCGCUUCCGCCAUCGAUAAAAAACGUGGUCUCGAUCAGCCUCUUCAGGGAAAAGCCGCAAAGAAGGCGGCAGCUAAGGCUAAUGCAGCCGCCAACGCGCAAUCAACCAGACCAGAGCAAGGAAAGGAACAGAAACGCAAAAGAAAGAUGUCUGAUAGCAGACCCGCGAAGCAAGCCAAGGCCUCGGAGCCCGAACCAAUUGCUACGGCCGUUUAG